AUGAUAAAAACACUGGAACAAAAACAGCAACAACAAACAAAGAGUACGCCUAACAUUGAGCCCCAUGCGGGCAAUACGGAAACAACGCCGGCACUCAGCGAGGAGGAUGACUUUGAAGAUUCCUCCUCUAACAACAACAACAGCAGCAGCAGCAAAUCUGCGGUAGAUCUGCUGAUUUUGAACAAUGUAUUGGAAAACAAGAAUCAGAAUCAGACGUUAGAAAAUGGCAAAAGGAAAAUCUUAGCGGAUAAAGAGAUCAUUGCUGAUGCAACUGCUUUAGCUGCUAACAGGUUAUUGCCGGCUGAUAAAAGUGCUGUGAGAACAGAGUUCGAGGAUGAAAAUGAAUCCGCCACAGUUGCUGAUGAGGUGCCGUCCACAUCGCAUAUUGGCCAAAAAUCAGCAAUUCACAUUAAAAUCGAAGAGAAGUAUCCUUUACCUGCGAUUAAAAUUGAUCAUUAUAAGGAGGAUGACGAUCCCGCUUCGCCUGGAAAAGAGUCGGCUUCAGCAACAUGCUCGAAAUCUGCUAUGUAUAUCAAAAAAGCGGAAAGUUCGUUGCAAGAAACUGAUGGAAUAAAAGAGACGAGUCCGUUUCCUACGAUUAACAUUGAUGAUGAUGAUGCUGAUGCUGAUGAUGCUGAUGCUGAUGAAUCCCCCUCACCUGGUAAGGAAUCGUCUCCAGUAGAUGAAGUCAAAAAUGGUGAGGCAUCAAGCAGCUCACCUUCCAUGAAAAUCAAUGAGGAAAGUGCUGCUCAGGACGAGGAAUCAUAUUUAACAGAAGGAUUACAAAUUGAAACGAGUAACCAAGCUGAAGACGCUUUAGCCUCGCCAGUGAUUAAAACCAAUGAAGAUGAGCAGCAUAAAUUUAAAGAAGAAACUUCGUCGCCUGUGCUUCGAGUCGAUGCGAAGAACAUUCGCGAGGAGCCGAUUUGGAGAAUGCUUCAACACCCAUCUACGAAAUCGAUGACGAUGAAUCUGCUGCUAAGGAAACUGAGAGAACACCACCUGUAG